AUGGCAAACCACAGAAUUAGCUGCCCUCUUGUUCUUGCACUUCUCUUAGUCUUCUUCUACUCCUCGGUGGUCUUGUCCGCUGCUCCCGUGACGUACAACGUGGUAAGUUUGGGAGCCAAACCAGACGGCAAGACAGACUCAACCAAGGCUUUCGUUACUGCAUGGACAAGAGCUUGUGCCUCGGCAAAUCCAGCCACCAUUUACGUGCCGGUCGGGAGAUUCUAUCUGCGCGGGGUGAUUUUCAACGGGCCAUGCAGGAAUAAUGCCGUAAGGGUCCGCAUCGAUGGCACGCUCGUGGCACCAUCCGACUAUAGGGUCCUCGGAAAUGGCGCUAACUGGAUAUUGUUCAAGCACGUUAAUGGAGUUACCGUAUCUGGUGGGACUCUUGAUGCCAAAGGCACAAGUUUGUGGGCUUGCAAAUCCUCAGGCAAGAGUACUUGCCCCAGCGGAGCAACGACGCUGCAAUUUAGCAACUCGAACAACAUCGUGGUCAGCGGAUUAACCUCCCUAAACAGCCAGAUGUUCCACAUCGCCGUCAAUGGCUGCCAAAACGUGAAAAUGCAAGCAGUCAAGGUCAUCGCCUCCGGCGACAGUCCAAACACCGACGGCAUUCACGUACAAUCUUCUUCGGGCGUCACGAUCCUCAACACCAAGAUCGGGACCGGUGAUGAUUGCAUCUCAAUUGGCCCCGGUACCACUAACUUGUGGAUUGAGAACGUUGCAUGUGGACCUGGCCAUGGAAUCAGCAUUGGGAGUCUAGGAAAGGACCUGAAAGAGGACGGUGUGCAGAAUGUGACAGUUAAAACAGUUACUUUUACCGGUACUCAAAAUGGGGCGAGGAUUAAGUCUUGGGGAAGGCCCAGCAAUGGAUUUGCUAGGAACAUUCUUUUCCAACAUAUUGUUAUGGUGAAUGUCCAGAAUCCCGUCCUGAUCGAUCAAAAUUACUGUCCCGACAACAAAGAUUGCCCCGGUCAGGUUUCUGGCGUAAAAAUUAGUGAUGUAACAUACCAAGACAUACAUGGAACAUCGGCCACAGAAGUUGCUGUGAAAUUGGAUUGCAGUUCCAAGAACCCAUGUUCCAGAAUAAGAUUGGAGAAUGUAAAGCUAACUUACAAGAAUCAAGUUGCCGAAGCUUCAUGCGUUCAUGCUGCUGGAACAUCAUCUGGUUUAGUCCAGCCCUCGGGCUGCUUGUAGUAGUGGCCGGGGG